AUGGCUAGUGCGACAAACCAAAAAGACCAAGAAUUCGCCACACCUGGGACGUACGAGGAACUGCGUUGUAAGGGUCAUCCUUGUGUCAAUUGUGGCAAAUGCCGUGAUUGGUACUAUACGGGCGAUCGAAAAAGCUGGAAAUGGAUCCAGGAUUGGAAGAAUUGGGGAGCCAAUGAUCAACAACGUUGGAUCGAUGAUUCUGUUUACGACCGUUUUAAGUGUCGUGAUGGAGCAACAUGUCUUUAUGGUUAUUAUUAUGGUCCUGGUCAUGGUGUUCAUCUUCAUCUUUAUCCUCCUUAUCCUUAUCCUGCUUAUCUUGUUCCUUGUUUGUGUGAGGACAAUCAACGUGUUUAA